ACUUUUCGCCUUUCGAUUUUCUGCAAUAGUGAAAGGUGGGUUUUGAAUAGGCCUGGGUGUUAUUUUGUCGUGUGAGGCUUUGGGGUAGUCUGGUAAUCUAGACCAGAAGAAAGGAAUGACUGAGUCAUCGACGAGAGACGUGAACAUCGAUUUGCAGUCGGUCCAUUACUACCGUGGAGAGGGUCCCGUUCAUCGGUUGGCGCUUCACCCAGAAAAGCUUCUAGAUAAUCUGCUUGGGAGAAGAACGGUUCAAGGAGCGAUUUUUGAUGCCUUAAGGAAGAACAAAGCGAAUAGAUCGCUGGGGAGCCGGCGCUUGCAGCCAGAUGGGACGUGGAGUGGAUACGAAUACUUGACGUAUGGAGAGUUAGAAAGAGAGGUUGUGAAUUUUGCGUCUGGCAUGAGCAGUUUAAAGUUGAAUUCGACAGGAAUGGUCGGAAUCUAUUCAGAAAACCGAUUAGAAUGGAUCGUCAGUGUACUGGCGUGCUGUUAUUUGAACAUCACAUUUGUACCACUGUACGAUAGUGUAGCGCAAGAUACAAUACAGUACAUUAUCGACCAUUCUGGGAUGUCGGCGAUAGUGCUCUCAGAGAAGACGUGGGAAGAGUUUGCGAGUCAAAAGCACGACGUGUCAAAAUUGAGUGUGUUGAUCAAGAUGGGGAGAUUGGAGAGCGUGCCAGAAUUUUUGAAAAGCUCAAGGACAAAGAUACAUGAAUACGAAGAGGUGAAAAGAAUGGCGGGGUCGAUACAUCCGAUGGUGCAAUCUUCCCCAGAAGAUCUGUUUACGUUGCUGUACACAAGCGGUACAUCCGGAGAGCCGAAAGGUGUGAUGUUGACGGAAUCGAACGCGGCAUGUUCGAUCGCGGGGUGUUUGGAACUGAUAAAGUUGAGCCAGUCAGACGUGCACAUAUCUUAUCUGCCGCUGGCACAUAGCUACGAGAUGGUGUGCAUGCUGUCGGGUCUGUUGGUAGGAGCAUCGGCUGGGUUCUGGAGAGGAGACAUCAAUGGACUGCUGGAUGAUAUACAGGCACUGAGGCCUACUAUUUUGGUAGGCGUGCCGAGGGUGUUUGACCGGAUUUAUGGAAGGAUUAUGUGUGGGUUGGAGGAAGCGAGUCGAGUGAAGAGGGCGCUAUUCAGCUAUGCAUACGAUUCAAAGAGAAGGGCCGAACAGAUGGGAGGAGCGUCGUCGAUAUGGGAGGGGGUUAUUUUCAAGAGGUUUAAGGAUUUAUUGGGGAAAAGGGUGAGAAUGAUAGUUUCUGGAUCGGCGCCGUUGAAUCCAAAAGUGCAGGAAUUCUUAAGAGUUGUGACAGGAGCGACCGUGAUUCAAGGAUACGGCCUUACGGAGACAUUUGCGCUGGUUUGUGUGCAGAGGAUAUGCGACAAGAAGGCGACCGGGCAUGUGGGGCCUCCAAUUGGGACGGUGGAGGUCAAAUUGGUGGACGUGCCGGAAUUGGGUUAUGUAUCAUCGGUGGAUCAACACCGAGGAGAAGUUUGCGUUCGUGGGACAAACGUGUUUGUAGGAUAUUAUAAAGAUGAAGCUAAAACGAGUGAUGUGUUGGAGCCAGAUGGUUGGUUUCAUACUGGAGAUGUGGGCGAGUGGUUGCCGAAUGGAACGUUAAGGAUCAUCGAUCGAAAGAAGAACAUCUUCAAGUUGUCUCAAGGAGAAUACGUGGCGGUGGACAAUCUCGAGUCUGUGUUUUCUCAGGCCAGGUUUGUGGGUCAAAUUUACAUUCAUGGAGAUUCAAUGUCAGAUUAUUUGGUGGCGAUCGUGGUUCCGGAUGCCGAGGCACUUGUCGGGUGGGCGGAGUUGGCUGGAAUGAGCAAGGAUGUAAGGAGGUUGUGCGCAGAUACGAAAGUGAAGAUCCUGAUUUACGAAGAGCUUUGCAAGGUGGCAAAGGAGAACCAGUUGCACGGGUAUCAGAUUCCCCGCCAGAUUUAUUUGGAGCCGGAUCCUUGGACAGUAGAAUCAGGCGUUCUCACGCCCAGCUUGAAGACCAAGAGAUUUGUCAUGCGGAAAAUGUACGAGGCGGUUUUUAAGGAGUUAUACAGGCUACCUCGCUUGGAUGGAAGCAACGGAAGGGCCAAGUUGUGAGUGACAAGAAUGUAGCUUGACUUUUUUAUUCGGAGUGGGCGUUGAGUUGAAGGAGUUUUGAGUUGGUUGCGACAAAAAUGUAGCUUGAUUUUUUUUAUUCAGUGAGUUUUUUUUAUUCGGAGUGGACGUUGAGUUGAAGGAGUUUUAAGUUGAUUGCGAUGUUGGAUAUGGCUUUGUCUUCUUUGUCGAUGAGUGCUUCUAGUUGUGAUGUGUGUUCUGGAGAGAGUUUGACGGACGAGAGUAGCGAGAUGAGUUCUGAUCUUGCUUCGAUGGCUUGAGUGGUGAUCUGGGCCGUUUCAUUCAGAGAGUCUUGAUGUUCUUGGACGGUUUGUUUGAGGGAUUCGAGUUGUUCGAACCAGCGGAGUUCAGAGGAGGUGGCUCUGUACUUUUUGGAUCGGAUUUUGUCUAUUAGACAGAGGGAUCGAGAGUAUAGGACGUCUUGUGACGUGUAGGCUUCGUGAAGUCGGGAGGUGAGUUGUGAGAGGCGCUGCGGUUGGAUGAGUUGUGAGAGGUGGUUUAGAUCGGCCAGUUGGGUUUCGGUGCGGUUUUGGAUGGAUUGGAGGUGGUUUUUGAGCCGUUCGUAGAUGUCGUAGAGAUAGAGAAUGUGGACGCGUUUGAUGUUGGAGUAGUGAUCGAUGAAGCGUUUGA